GGUCCUUCAAUGUAGCUGUUUAUACUCACAUGGGGAAAGAAUACUUACUGUAAUAGUUUGAGAUUACCUGAUCCUGUUAGGGCAGCGAAUCUAGUAGUAUGCUUUUAGUUUUAUGUUAGUUAAACAUCAUGGCAGACAGCGGCUUGAUAUUGAAUAUAACAGAGAGUCCCGUUAGUUCGGUGUUUCAUUCGGGGAAUAAAAAGUAUCGCAAAGAAUUUAAAAACAAAACCGCGUCAAGCAGCCAUAAAAACAUAAAACGGAAGACCAAGCAGAUCAAUGAAGAACCUUCCCCCAAGCGCAGAAGAGAAAAUCCUGUAUUUCAGCAGAAAGAAAAAGCAAGCACCCCACCAUUCUCAGUUACUAAACCACACAUCCGAUCAUCUCCAAAAGUUAAUGAGGAACCCCCCGCAAAGCAGAAGAGUGGGUGCUCUGUACUCCAGCAGAAGAGGAACACAAACAGAACUUUGUCCUCAGUCAGUAAAUCUCCAAUUAAAUCAUCUACAAAAGUAUACUCGUCAGGAAAACAGAAUGAAGAUGCUGAUGAAAAAUCUGUCAUUAAAACAUCAUCUCUAUUUAAAUUUAAUCCAGAAAUUCCUGAAAUACACAGAACUGUGGUGGAGCAACCAAGAGAAAGAGUGUUUACAUCGGAUUCUUUUAGUGAACUGAAUCUUCAUCCACAUCUGACUGCAACACUGUUAAAUGUCUUGAAGUUGACUGCUAUGACAAGUGUACAAAAGCAGGCAAUUCCCAUCCUUUCAGAAGGCAAGGAUGCACUGGUGAGGUCACAGACAGGGUCAGGAAAAACUUUGGCAUAUGGCAUUCCUCUUGUUCAGUCCCUACAAAAAAGACAACCAAAGAUUCAGCGCAGUGAUGGGCCUUAUGCUGUUAUCGUGGUUCCCACUAGGGAGCUUGCACUGCAGACCUUUGGUGCUAUCCAGAAGUUACUUAAGCCCUUUAACUGGAUUGUGCCUGGAGUGCUUAUGGGAGGAGAGAAAAGAAAAUCUGAGAAGGCAAGAUUACGUAAAGGAAUAAACAUUCUUAUUUCAACUCCUGGGCGACUGGUUGACCACAUCAAGAACACACAGAGUGUACACUUUAAUAAUGUGCAUUGGCUUAUUUUGGAUGAAGCAGACAGGAUUCUGGACUUGGGGUUCGAGAAGGAUAUUGCAGUAAUACUCAACGCCUUAAAUGAAAAGCAGAAGAGCCGACAGAAUGUCUUGUUAUCUGCUACUCUAACAGAAGGUGUAACACGUUUAGCGGGAAUAAGUCUAAAUGAUCCAGUCAGAGUGCAGAUUACAGAACAAGUCCACAUAGCUAACGCAGCAGACACAAAAGUGGAAGAUGAAACUUGUGAAGAGACUGAAGAAGGCUGCGGUUUUACAGUUCCAGAAAAAUUAAAGCAGCAUGUUGUGAUUGUUCCAAGUAAGCUGCGCCUUGUCACACUUGCAGCAUUUAUCUUGAAGACGUGCAAGUUUGAAAAAAAUCAGAAGGUCAUCAUCUUCUUCUCUAGCUGUGACUCUGUCGAGUUCCACCACACCAUCUUUCAGAAGGUUUUGUGCGAGAAUCUAGAGGGAGAAGAACUUCAACCACAACCCACAUUUGUCUCCCAGCUGACAUUCCUUCGGCUGCAUGGGAAUAUGGAACAGGAGGAAAGGAUGGAAGUAUUUCAGCAGUUUUCCCAGUCCCGGGAAGGCAUCCUUCUCUGCACAGAUGUAGCAGCCCGUGGAUUAGAUCUACCUCAGGUCACAUGGAUUGUUCAGUAUAAUGCUCCAGUCUCACCUUCUGAGUAUGUCCAUCGUGUAGGGCGAUCUGCCCGAAUUGGCUGUCAUGGCAACAGUCUGCUGUUUUUAAGUCCUUCAGAAGCUGAAUACAUCACUGAACUGGCAGCUAAUAAGAUCAGCAUUUCUGAAAUCAAAAUGGAGGACAUUUUGUCAAAUCUAAUGUUGGAUGAACGCUUUAAACUGAGAAAUGGGAGCAAAAAGAUAUCCCAUAGCUCAACACUGCAGAAUGUGCGAGAGAGGGCAACAGUCUUGCAAACAAAAUUUGAAAAUUACGUGCACUCCAGUGUAGAAAAUGUCAUGAGAGCCAAAAAAGCCUUGCAGUCUUUCAUACGAGCCUAUACAACAUAUCCUUCAAACCUGAAACAUUUUUUCCAUAUUAAAGCCCUCCAUCUGGGGCAUACUGCUAAAAGUUUUGGCCUACGUGAUGCUCCACAAAACCUUAGAGCGUCACUAAUUGGAAGUGGAGAAAAGAAGAAAAACAGGCAUACACGAAAGAGGUCAUAUGCAAUCCAAAGUGCAAGUAGUAGAAAGAGAGUUGUUAAUAUUUUGCGUUCUGAGUACUCUAGUGGACUUGUUCCAGUUUCAUCUAAAGCCAAAAAGCACAAAAAGAGAAGAACUAUGGAAAAAAGCCAGAAUUUUUAAAGGGAAACUUGUAGGAUGAUUGAAUAUCACAGAAGAAACGUGUUUAUUUAAAUCAUGGUUUCAGAACCUGUGAACACCAUUCAUAAUAAAGCUCAUGGAUCUCUCAACAGCAAAAGAUUACAACUGUUUAGUCCAUCCAAGCCAUUGCCAAGAUGAGAGAAAACUCAAAAUACUGUAUGCAUUCUCCAUUAGUAGCUGAAAAUUAUUCAUGCACAAUAGUUCCAUCUCAUGAAUUAAUCCUAGAUGAAAAAUGAGACUAGUUUAUUACAUUUUGAUAGUGUUUUCUUUCUUUAGAUUCUUACUGCUUAUUCUAGUGAUGUCUUCCGUGUAACAUGCAAGUACCAAACCCUCUAAAGGUUUCCAGCUAACCAGCCUGCCAAGGAAUGUGGUGAUCAGCACAGUUAGGAAACCCCAACGUUUGUCUUCCAGAAACUACCCUUCUUUUGUAUUUUGCUGUUUUCCAUCCAUCUAUUUGGUGGCCAAGUAGAAUUUAAUGAUUCAACUUUGAACUGCAUUCAGUGACUGUAAUGAGGACAGCAGCAAAGUCGAGUUUGGUACCCUCUGGGAGAGCGCCUUCAGUACCCUCCAUGGUGUUCCUUACUGUAGAAUGUCACACUGCUUCUAUAUGCUGUGCCCCUUGCUUUCCCUUUUAGACACCCCCGGCUAGUCUUCACAAUUGGUUGCUUCUAGGUGAUGCUGUUUCCAUGGGAUUUGAUUCUUCCUUCCUUCCUGAAGUGCAGAUCUGCAGUAGCUGAUUGGUUUGACUCCUGCUUGAAUAACCGAACUGAUGCCCAGGCUUUCUAUCAAAUGGUUUUGCAAGAAGUUUACCAAUGAAGUUUCAGACGACAUUGAUGCUAUCUUAUGCAUCUGCAAGUUAUGUGAUAAAUACAUAAUUUUCAUAAAAUGUCUCUUUCCAUUGCUAUAUCCCAGCCCUUAAAAAUGAAUUAAAUAUAAUAUGAGAAGAUUUUCUUUUAAUGUUGCAGUAAUAGCAGCUUUUAAGUUUGGUAAUCAAAUCUAGUAAUCUUGGUCAGCUAGGAUUGUAACUGUUGCAAAUGACAUUUUAAUAAUGUCAUUUUAUUUUAUCUGGUUUAUCAGAUAAGGAAUAUGCAGAUAUUUGGAGUUCCUUUAUGGCAUUUUGUGAAUAAAGAGUUAUUUCCAAGAAAUACUAGAGAAAAUGGUAAAGUUAGACGGCAUACGUUCAUUUGGUCAAAAAACUCAAAAUGUUGAAACCCAAAAUGUUGAAAACUCAAGAUACUGAAAAACCUAUUCAGUGCAGAGGGGUAAGCCCCCACAUCCACUGCUGAUUAUGUAGAGCAAAUAUGGUGAAAGGGCAAAUUCCUAUUUUCAAUAUUUUGUUUUCAACAUUUUAGGUUUCAAUAUUUUGAGUUUUGCAACCAAAUUAAUGCAUUACAAUUAAGAUACUAUGUUAUCUCUGUGAAUUUUGUAAUUUAUAUAUGUAUUUCUUCUUGUUCCCAGAAAUCCAGAUCUCCAAGUCAUAAUUUUUAGGACAUUGCAGUCUGAUACUAAGCAAGUUUAGGACCUCAUAUAUAGGGAAUGCAACAAAAAGAACAAACGUUUUUAACGUAUAAAAGUUGUUUUUGCAAAGUUCUGCCAGUAAUAGAUAAACAAAUAACACCCGCAUAACUACUUUCAAAUAUGUGAUGCACUUGUGGUAGGCAAUCAAUAUAGUUUGUUAAUGUUUUUCUGAAAGCAUUACCAGUUUAUUAACAUUUAAUUCACUCUGAAGUAUUGAAACUACAUUUGCCUUUAGUGUGUUGGAAAAAUGUGAAAUCUGUUAUAGCCAAAUGCAACUUUUAAAUAAAAUGUCUGUAUUUUCA